AUGACCCCACAUGAAACGCUGGGACUGUCGAUUGAGGACGCUCAAAAUCCUGAAGCCUUGAAAAAGGCCUACCACGCUGCAUUGCUCAAGGCCCAUCCCGACACGCGUGGUGCAAGUAGUAUCCCAGAGAGCACGGUAGGUGCUGUGAAACGCGCUUACCUUGCACUGUCCACAGACUUGCUGCACGGCAAAGAUGAAGGUCUAGCUCGUGAAAAGUUUGGCUAUGCUGUGGUUGAUCUGAGCGAAUUUGAAGAGGUAGCAGAUGAGACGGCAGGCGAGGCGGGUCCCUGCUAUUGGCUUGACUGCCGCUGUGGUCAUGGCUACAGGCUCACGGAAGACGACUUGGAACAUGGCCGGGAUCUGGUCAUGUGCGAUGGCUGCUCUCUGCUUGUUCGCGUGCUUUAUCAGGAGGUGGCCGAGGAUGAGACUGCUUGA